UAUAAACGUGUCAAAUUCAUCAGUUGCAGAUUCACUGGUGAGGAAGACGGACGUGCGGUUGCUCCUUGCACUAGUUCGCCGUAGUUGCUUCUCAUUUUAGAAGCAAAGGAAAAAAAUGGAGAACGGAAUGGAAGAAACCCUGAUGUUUGACAAAAGUUUGUUGUCCAGAAUAGACUUUGAGGAAAGGUCAAAGGCUAAAUUCCAUCCAGCUGCAUCACCUUCCAAUCCUGGUGAUUCGCUGGUUCUGAGACCGUUGAGUACAGCAGAUUUCGAAAGAGGAUAUUGUCAGCUUCUCAGCGGGCUCACAAUUGUUGGAGAAGUAACUCCGGAAAAAUAUUUGGCCACAUUUAAUGCCAUGAAGGAGACUGGCAUUUACUAUGCCACAGUCGUGGAAGACACCAGCAGGAACCUCAUUGUGGCAACGGCAACUCUUAUUCUAGAACAGAAAUUCAUCCACGAAUGUGCCCUGAGAGGGCGGAUAGAAGAAGUUGUGGUCAACAAAGAUUACAGGGGGCAGCAGCUUGGCAAACUACUCAUGUCAGUGCUGACGCUCCUAAGCCAGGACCUGGGAUGCUACAAGACCACACUGGAGUGCGCGGAGAGCAACAUUCCAUUCUAUGAGAAGUUUGGCUACGUGAAGGACAAGGAGGUGUACAUGCAGAACAGGCAUUGAGCACAGUUAGGCAGGAACUGAAACGUUCACAUUCAAGCAAAACUAUUUUUCAAAUGCGACCUGCUCUGUGCAAAAAUGCCCUAACACUUUGUUUGUUCAUCGAGUACGUAAUUUAAAAACUACGGACUCCGUGCCCUUUCAACAGAUUCAGAGGGAGAGUUAGGGUCGACCACUGUGAGGGACAUUUGAAUGCAUUGCUUACACACCUGACGUGCCGAGUUUGUGCAAAUUACAGUUGGUCAAGUUUUAUAUGUUAAAAACAAAAUCUGUCACAAAUUUUUAUUCAAAAAAAGCUUGUACAUUUAUAUUAUACAUGUUUUUAGAAAUGUCUGAUAGGCCAUCAGCCUGGGGUUUGGUCAGUAUCAAGUGAGGGGAAUAAUGGUCAUUGUGAUUUUUGGCAAGGUAUGCACCCCUGUAGUUGGAAAAUAUGUGAUAGCAUUGCAGCA